AUUACUGGUUCUGUCGUUGACUCAUGAAUGCGGCUUGCGGAAGUACGUCGUCACGUGAAGUUAGCUGCACAACGCGACAGCGAGUACGCGAGCGAGAUCGUCGUCAUCCGCGGUUACGUUCCGGUCGGUUCCGGUGACUGUCAGUGCGAGUAUCGGAUGGUGGUAUCGGUUGUCGUUUAAUAUUCGUUUGGAAUUCGCCGACGGGCAAUGCGAUAAAUCGAGAACGUUCUCUUCGAGGAAGCCGCGUUCUCGCGGUUCUGUUCUACUGUCGCCUCGAAGAAUCAGAUGUAGCUGUCAUUUUCUCGCGUAAGAUUUGUAGGGAAAGAUUAUGUGGCAAUAGGAUCCGAAAGAGUGGUGAAAGAUGCUGGCGAUUAGCCAGGUAGAGAUGCAACAUAGCUACAUAUACAGCUGCUCAUUAGCUUGCUCCAAUGUUGACACACUGACUAACGAGCACUAAACGAGCAUAAAUUUCCAACUGCAGUGUUGGGAGUGGUGAUGAUGCAAAAUAAUUCUAAAACCAGAGAAAUGUUUAUCGUACGAGCUUUAGAAAAGAUACUAGCUGAUCGGGAUGUCAAGCGAUCGCACCUCUCGCAGCUCAGAAAAUCCUGCGAGUCUGCACUUGAGGAUCUUCGCAAUGAGAUCAAAGAUGUGCCAGUUGUACAAGGUGAAGAGGUAACAUCAAAUGCAUUACCACAACCUAAGAGUGAUUCAAAUGUCAUCACUGCGGAGAAGUACUUCUUGCCGUUUGAACUAGCAUGUCAGAGUAAAUCAUCACGGAUCGUGGUAACUGCACUUGAUUGUCUGCAAAAGUUGAUAGCAUAUGGUCACUUAACUGGCAAUGUGCCUGAUUCUACGGAACCGAGCAAACUAUUGAUCGUGCGCAUCGUCGAGACCAUCUGCGGCUGCUUCACCGGCCCGCAGACCGACGAGGGUGUACAAUUGCAGAUUAUUAAGGCUUUGCUGACUGUAAUGACAAGUCAGCAUGUGGAAGUGCACGAAGGUACAGUACUGUUGACGAUCCGCACCGUCUACAAUGUCUACCUGGCAUCGCGUAAUUUGGUAAACCAGACGACGGCUCGCGCAACCCUCACUCAGAUGAUCAACGUGAUUUUCGCGCGUAUGGAGUCUCAGGCUGAAGAGGAGAGCGUGAAGAUCGACGGAGAGUCUCAGCAGGAAGCAGCAGCAGGCACUGUCGUGGCAAACGGCGAAACUGAGGCAGAGCUAAACACAGAAAAUGGCGAUGUUACAGAUCCUCAAACGAUCGUCAGAGGCAUCCUCGACGAUGUGGUGAACUCUGUGGUGCCAUUGGAGGAGGAAGUCAGUCUUGAAAAUGGUCCGGAGGAUAACGGCGACGAGGCGACCGCCGAGAACGAUAACAUGGUCACCGCCAAGUUCACGCAUGUAUUGCAAAAGGACGCAUUCCUCGUGUUCCGUGCUCUCUGCAAGCUGUCGAUGAAGCCGUUGCCGGACGGCACGCCAGAUCCAAGGUCACACGAACUUCGCUCCAAGAUCCUGUCGUUGCAACUGUUGCUGGGAAUCCUGCAAAACGCCGGCCCGGUGCUGCGCUCUAACGAAAUGUUCGUCAUCGCGAUCAAGCAGUACUUGUGUGUUGCCCUGUCAAAGAAUGGAGUCUCGUCGGUGCCGGAGGUGUUUGAGCUAUCGUUGGCUCUGUUCUUGGCACUGCUUGCACGCUUCAAAGUGCACCUCAAGAUGCAAAUUGAGGUGUUCUUCAAGGAAAUCUUCAUGAACAUCCUCGAGACUUCCAGCAGCUCCUUCGAGCACAAAUGGAUGGUCAUACACGCGCUCACUAGGAUCUGCGCGGAUGCCCAGAGUGUUGUCGAUAUCUAUGUUAACUACGAUUGCGAUCUCUCCGCCGCUAAUCUCUUCGAGAGGCUCGUCAACGAUCUGUCCAAGAUCGCUCAAGGUCGCCAAGCUUUAGAACUUGGCGCGUCGCCUAAUCAGGAGAAAUCUAUGCGUAUCCGAGGUCUCGAGUGUCUCGUGUCUAUCCUGAAAUGUAUGGUGGAGUGGAGCCGGGAUCUGUACGUGAACCCCAGCGUGCCUGCGGACCAGCAACCUUUGUCGGAUCCACCAGAUCCGGCACCGGAGACUCCGCUACCACGCUACGGUAGUGCUGGUAGUCUCUCAUCGGCCAAUUCCAGUUUAACCGGCAACAAGGAAGUGCCGGAUUCGCCAGAGCAAUAUGAAGUACAGAAACAACAGAAGGAGGUAUGGGAGGCCGGCAUCGAGAUCUUCAGUCGAAAGCCAGGCAAAGGUGUGCAAUAUCUGCAAGAGCAGGGUUUACUCGGCACGUCGCCGGAGGACGUGGCCAGAUGGCUGCAUUUGGAUGAGCGACUUGACAAGACUGCCAUCGGUGAUUUUCUGGGCGAUCACAACCACAACCAGGUGAUGUAUCACUACAUCGACCAGAUGAACUUCGCCGAGCGCGAUCUAGUCACCGCACUCAGAUACUUCCUGGAAGGCUUCCGACUGCCCGGCGAAGCACAGAAAAUCGAUCGCUUGAUGGAAAAGUUUGCCAGUCGUUAUUGCGAGUGCAAUCCUAAUAACGGCCUGUUCACCAGUGCGGAUACAGCUUACGUCCUCGGUUUUUCCAUCAUCAUGUUGACGACCGACUUGCACUCGCCACAGGUCAAGAAUAAAAUGACUAAGGAGCAAUACAUUAGACUAAACCGACGUAUCAGCGAUAACGAGGACCUUCCUGAGGAGUACCUUUCUAGGAUUUAUGAUGAAAUUGCUGGCAAUGAAAUCAAGAUGAAAUCGAACCCGAACAACAGCCGACUCGCCGGCAAGCAGCUGAUCUCGAGCGAGAAGAAACGGCGAUUGUUGUGGAACAUGGAAAUGGAAGUGAUCUCCACGGCGGCGAAGAAUCUCAUGGAGUCCGUAAGUCACGUUCAAGCACCGUUCACCACGGCUAAACAUCUGGAGCACGUGCGGCCAAUGUUCAAAAUGGCCUGGACGCCGUUCCUCGCAGCCUUUAGCGUCGGUCUUCAAGAUUGCGACGAUCCGGAGAUUGCAUCGCUCUGCUUGGAUGGUAUCAGAUGUGCCAUCCGCAUCGCCUGCAUCUUUCACAUGAGCCUAGAGCGUGAUGCCUAUGUACAGGCAUUAGCUAGAUUCACCUUGCUGACAGCCAACUCCCCUAUCACUGAGAUGAAGGCGAAGAACAUCGACACUAUCAAGACCCUCAUCACAGUGGCUCACACCGACGGCAAUUAUUUAGGUGGUUCAUGGCUCGAUGUCGUCAAGUGUAUCUCGCAAUUGGAGUUAGCACAACUUAUCGGUACCGGUGUGAGACCGCAGCUGUUGGGUCCGCCGUCGAAGCCGCACUUUCCGUCACCGCUGGCGAAUUUCGGUAAUCUCACGCAUUCUGUUGGCUCGCAUCAAGCCAACAGUCUCAAUCUGAGCUCACUGGACCCCAGCGUGAAAGAGUCUAUCGGCGAGACCAGUUCGCAGAGCGUUGUCGUGGCCGUUGAUCGCAUCUUCACUGGCUCCACCAGACUCGAUGGCGACGCUAUUGUUGAAUUUGUCAAAGCUCUCUGCCAGGUUUCUCUCGAGGAGCUGGCACACCCCACACAACCGCGCAUGUUCUCCCUUACGAAAAUCGUCGAAAUCUCAUAUUAUAAUAUGGGACGUAUCAGGCUGCAGUGGUCCAGAAUCUGGCAGGUUCUCGGUGAUCAUUUCGACAGAGUAGGAUGUAGUCCUAGACAGGAUAUUGCAUUCUUCGCUGUGGAUUCUCUGAGGCAGUUGGCCACCAAAUUCAUCGAGAAGGGUGAAUUUGCCAAUUUCAGAUUCCAAAAGGACUUUCUUAGGCCAUUCGAGCAUAUUAUGAAAAAGAACAGGUCCCCUGUUAUCAGAGACAUGGUCGUUAGAUGUGUGGCGCAGAUUGUUCACUCGCAAGCACCCAACAUCAGAUCUGGUUGGAAGAACAUCUUUAGCGUUUUCCAUCAUGCGGCUAGUGAUCGUGACGAGUCUGUCGUCGAGCUAGCCUUCUCAAUGACUGGCAAGAUAAUAAACGAGCUGUAUGCGGAGGACUUCAGCAUCAUGGUGGAUUCUUUCCAGGACGCCGUCAAAUGCCUGAGCGAGUUCGCGUGUAACGCAUCCUUUCCAGACACCAGCAUGGAGGCAAUUCGGCUGAUACGUUCCUGCGCGUCUUAUAUCGACGCGAAUCCCAACUUGUUCGCCGAAGGUAUGAUGGACGACAGUGGAAUGGUUUCCGAGGAGGACCGAGCCUGGGUAAGAGGUUGGUUCCCGCUGUUGUUCGAGUUGUCUUGCGUAGUGAGCAGAUGUAAACUGGACGUCAGGACACGAGCAUUAACGGUACUCUUCGACGUUGUUAAGACACACGGUGCAUCCUUCAAACCUCACUGGUGGAAGGAUCUCUUCCAGGUUCUCUUUAGGAUUUUCGACAAUAUGAAACUACCCGAGCAGCAUACUGAGAAAGCCGAAUGGAUGACAACAACAUGCAAUCAUGCGCUUUAUGCUAUCGUGGACGUCUUUUCGCAAUUCUACGAUGUCCUGGGCCCAUUAUUGUUAGAGCAAUUGUACUCCCAACUGCUGUGGUGUGUUCAACAGGACAACGAGCAGUUGGCUCGAUCGGGUACUAAUUGCCUAGAGAACCUAGUCAUCAGCAAUGGUAUUAAAUUCGAUGAGCAAACCUGGGAGAAGACGUGCCAGUGUGUACUAGAUAUCUUCGAGAGUACUCUACCGUCGGCGCUACUGACGUGGAAGCCGCAGUCGCCCAACAAAGAGUCUGAUCUCGAUGUGAUCACCGGCGAGGCAGACGGUUACCACGUCGGUAUUUUAAAAAGGAGCAAUAGCACGCAGAGUCUUAAUAGCGAGUCUCUAUCGAAAACAAAGCUCUUCUCUGCAUUGUUGAUCAAGUGUGUGGUCCAAUUAGAGCUGAUACAGACGAUCGAUAACAUAGUUUUUUACCCGGCGACCUCGCGUAAGGAAGAUCAGGAGAAUUUGGCACUCGCGCAGGCCGAUAUGCUGAACGGCAAGACGUCGGAGCUUGUAAAGGCCGGCGCUGAUCAGCAAAAAGAAGAGCAAGGUAUGUACUGCGCUCUGACAACUAGCCACCUUCUGCAGCUAGUCGAAUGCCUGUUGCGGUCGCAUCGUUUCGCCAAGAGUUUCAAUUCGGACCAUGAACAGCGUAACGUGCUGUGGAAGGCCGGCUUUCGCGGCAACGUGAAGCCGAAUUUGUUAAAGCAAGAGACGCAAUCGCUUGCCUGUGCGUUGCGUAUCCUCUUUAAGAUGUACAGCGACGAAGUGCAUCGUGCUGACUGGCCUAAGGUCGAAGCACGGCUGGUCGAAGUCGCUUGUGAGGCCCUCGAGUAUUUCCUUGCAAUCGCUAACGAGGCCCACCGCGAUGCAUGGACGCCGAUCCUACUGCUGCUGCUCACCCGUAUUCUUAAAAUGAGCGACCAUCGUUUCGCAGUGCACGCCUCAACUUGCUAUCCUUCUCUUUGCGAAGUGAUGUGCUUCGAUCUUAAACCGGAGCUGAGGUCGGUCCUGCGCAGGUUCUUCCUCAGGAUCGGACCAGUCUUCAGGAUUACGCAGCAGUAGUGACAAGUCGGCGCAGUAGCGAUGGGCUGAUGAAGAAUGCUCGAGAUAGUUUCGACUCAAAAUGGUGCAGCGUAGGUUUCCAAUUGCUUUGAGUAUUAUUUGAAUGAAGUUCUUGAAUAUCUUGAAGAUUCUAAAAAGGCUAAUAGUCAUUUGACGACUUAAAGAAUCUCAUGAGUCAGAAGGAUCUUGAAACAUUAUUGCCUUCAAAGUUAUGAAAAUGGCGUCACACGAAUUGGAUAUCACGACUAAUAUUCGAUAAAUAUCAACAUUUAAUAUUAUAACACAAAUUCUCAAAUUUGAAUUUAGUGAUAAAGUACUGUAGAGAAAAAUGUUAGAAAAAAUUUGAAGAGAGUUCUGAAGAUUUUUAAAUUAUUAAAAUUAUCGAGACAAUGUUCUUAAAGAAUUCUCACAUCUUCGUGCAACGUUUCAAUAUUUCAAGAUUUUGAAAUUCAAAAUUUUAAAGAUCUUAUAAUGUUUUACUUUAAUAAAAUUAUAUAAAGCCUUACUGAAAGUUUAUAUCGGGUUUCUUAAAGGAAAACUCUCAUUUAAAAUAAUAUUUUAAGUGGUUCGAAAUUCUACGCUGAGAUUGAAUCGUCUGAACUCUUGCAAGGAGACAAGGUUGAAUGCCUAUUAUCUACGCAGUAGUAAAAAUGUAAUUAAUUGUAAAGCGCGGUUAGGUACUUCGGCCCAUGUUAAACCACUCACAUGUGAUCUAAUAAUUCGCAUAAGUUUUUAUGGCACCAAUUUUUUGAACAGAUUUGCAUUGUUUUCACAUCUGGCACACUUCACUUUAAUCCUUCGACUCGUCUUCAUUGUGUAACGCCGCAUUUAACGCUAAAUGUAGCCUGCGUCUUAUUCGUCCACUGUGCAGAUUUUUGAGUAGUGUGUCAAUGGUAUUUUAUAAUAAUACGCACUGUGACACAACUUAUUGAUUAAUUAUAAUAUUCCAAUUUAUAGUAUUAUAACAAAUGAUAUUUAUAUUUUAUUUACUGAGCGUGUUCUGCACAUCUAUAUAGUUCACAUUUAGCGCUGAAUGUGUAACAUGAAUAUGCACUACGGUGCACACGUUUGCGCAAUGUUUGUCAUGAAAAUAGUUGGAUCGCAUGCGACCGGUUUAACGUUGCGUGUAAACAUGCGUCUAUGUAAUAUAUUGGAAUAUAUACACAUACACAUACGAAGUGGCACGAAAUAUUGUGGGAAUCGGUGACAUAAAUACAUGUGUCUUCGUCGAAUUCAAAGUUGAUUCUUUCUUAGCGUAAUCUUUAGCGGUAAUCAUUCGUGCCGACAAUUUUCUUUAUUUUACAUUACUUAUCUUGAAGACCGAAUCGCUAAUUAAUGUGCAAUAGAUGAUAAACUUAACUUAAAAAUCUGAUAAACUGCAAAAAGACGUUGAAUUUUUUAACUUAAAUUAUAUUUCGCCUUUAUAUACUUUAUAUACUGUUAAUUUACGUAUUCGCGAGAACGUAUAAUUUGCACCUGGAAUACCUCGCUAAACAGACCACUCAUUGUUAUCUCCGAGAAAAGACAUUUGAUCAUUUUUCAAUCUCAAACUCGACGAUAUAUCGCUAAUAACAAUUAUAUCAAAUUAUAUCAAAUUCAGAAUAUAUCUCGACAUUAAAAAGAUGUUAUUUUGUUCGCCGCUAACUGCGUCGUCGCUGUUUAUUAAGUAGACAAUGAAAGCUCGAAGAGACCUACCGUAAGUUCCCAUAUUUCUCGAGAAGUGCUGUAAGAAGACAUGUAUAGAUUAUAAAUAGCGAUUGUGAGAGUAGUUAGCUAGGCAUUGUUGAAACGAUAGUCUUUAUAAUUUGAUAGAAAGCGAGAAUGAGUGAAUGCGUGACAAAAGGGCAAGUGCUGUUGUCAAUACGUAGAAAAUUUAGAAUAAGAUAUUCAAAACACAUGUUGUCAUUAAUUUUAGAAUUAUUACAUAUGUAUAUUCGUGCCGGCGUAAGAGGUGUAACGCUUAAGUAACUUAUAUAAAUAGCAUUGGUCCUUUGA